AUGGCUCCAAUCCUCGAAACCGUCUCUUCACUUCUUAUGCGACGACAGUUCGCCCCCGAUACCCCCUUCACCGAAAAGGCGAUCGUCCUGAUCAUAUUCGCACACAGCAGGGACUGGCAACAACCGCCAACGGCGCGACUAUAUCGAAUUCUAUCCACCUCCGCUCUCUCGUGGACAAUCCCAACACAGGAGAGCCGUUUCUAUGCCGACCCAUCUGCCAGUGUGAUCCCGACGAUCCCAUCUCUCUGCCGCGCCGACGAUGUGACACACGCGUCGUACAAGGCCACCUGCGGCCACAAGAUGAUGAACCAGUGCGUUUCGAAUCGGAGAAUUAGCAAGAGGCUGGGGAAUCCAGCAAUCCAAUCUCCAGCUUCUAGCCUUGUCAGGUACCCGGGAGCUUUGGCCCCGAGUGAUUGGACCCGGUCGCGCGGGCUGGACAACCUGAAACUUGAAGGGGCGGCAGACUAG